UAAAAAAGCAAUUGGAGUGGAGUUAAAAAGAGGGAUUAGAGGUUUAGGGAGUAUAAUUUUACAUUUUUGAGCAGUUUGAGAUGAGCUUUGUGAUUAAAGUAUAUGAAAAGUGGUUCUGAUUUUUGUGAAUAUAGCAGAAAGAAUGAAAAUAAUAGUGGAUAUUGAGCAUCAAUUUUUGGUUGCUUCAAAUCAAACCCAAAACGCCAAACCAAUAAAAAUGAUAUGCAUAAGAAGGAUUCGAGCAGUAGUGAAUCUGUAAACUCAGCUGAGGAGAUGCAGCAUGUCCUUGAAGAUAGAAGAAUGAGAAGGUUCAAUAGAAUAAAGUCAAAGAUAUUCAGAAAUAGACUACAGGAGUCAAUCGAAGAAAGCAGUGGCUCAGAUUCUUCAUCAGAUGAAGACAAUGGUGGCUCCUUUGGAGAAUCCUCUAUAACCAUCCCAGUCAGUGAGAAACUUAAUAGUAAUGAAAGGAGAAAGCUACAGGCUUUGGAUACUAUUAGCUCAGGUUCAAGCUCUGAAAUGGAUUCAAAUUACCAACUCUAAAGUCAUUUCAUAUCAGAAAUCAAAGCAAUGUUUCUCGAAGAGUCAGUAAGAGGAACCAGCAUGAAAAUAAAAGAGUGUAUAAGAAGGUUACAAAAGAACUAAAUCACUCUAAUAGUCCUCCUUAUGAUGGAGGAAUUGAUGAUAGCAGUGCUCUCAAUUCUAGCUUCAUCUAUUCCACCACAAAAUCUGGGCUGAGAGGCCAAAAUGGUAAAAGAGUGAAUGCAGAUCCUGAAAAUCGCUAUAAAAACAAGAAAAUUAUUCAGCAAAGAGAGUUAGAUGUGGUCUUUGAGCAAAACAAAAAGACUAAUGAAGUAUACAAUACUUCAGAAAGCGACCAAUAUUUCCAAUUAUCUCCUGAAACAGAUGACAGACACUCUCAUAAGACAAAGUUGUUCGGAAGAGUAUCUCGAGGAGUAAAUCCUCUCGAUAGUCAAGACGAGAUGAGAGAAAGAGUUGAAUUCCCCAGAAUCCUGUCCCCAUCCAUGAGGAACAUGCAAAAUAACAAACCUCGGAACAUAUCUGGCUAUAGCAGGAAGAGACAUGUUCUUAAAAGACAUCUUCUGGACGAGGAAUAAUAUUUAUUAAUAAAUUUUAAAC